ACGUUGGCCGCGCAUGCGCAGACAGCGCGGUCACCUGCUGGAUGUCUGAAGAAGAACAAGGAAGUCUAGCAGCUGAGAGCUCUGGAUGUCAACUUACUAACAACUCAAUACAUCUCCAUUACGGAUAGUACUCAUCUGCUCCACAGCUGUAUCAGCUCCAUCUGCGUGACAAGAUGUUUAAGAAGCUGAAGCAGAGGAUCAACGAGGAGCAGUCUCCGCAGAGGAGUGCGCAGUCACCACAGCAACAGCAGGCCCAGCAGAUGGGCAGUGGAGAGCGGCGCAGCAGUCAAACCCCUCCGUUUCCUCACGAUGGCUCACCGUCUCCCAGUGACAGAGAGAUGCUGGCCGGGAUGAUAGCCGAGCCCGCUUUUCUCUCUGAGUAUACUAUCUUUGCUCUGGACCAUUCAAAACAACCCAAAACAGCCCAGGUAGCCAGUGUGAGCACCCCUAAAGGACCGGCGAGAUCUCCCAGAGGUAGCAUCAACGGGGAUGGAAGUGCUUCUCCUCACAGAGAGGAGACGCCGUCAUUUGCACAGAAGCUGCAGUUAAGAGUUCCUUCGAUGGAGUCGUUGAUUCGCGGUGGAGCCACUCGGGCUGAAAACCUGUUCCGCUCCCCCUCUAAAGAAAACCUGGUCCGAAGCUCAUCGCGUGAAUCCCUGACGCCUUUGGGAGAAAACGACUCCCCGGGCGCCCCCACAUACGAUCCCCCCUCAGACAUCGAGAGUGAGGCCGAGGAGCCACCAGGAAGCGCAGAGACGCUCUCCAAAGAGCAGCUGGUGCACCGACUGCUUAGAGUGGAGAGGAGCCUGGGGAAGUACAGAGGGAAGUACUCAGAGCUGGUUACUGCGUACCGAACAGUACAACGAGAUAAAGAAAAAACACAGGUCAUCCUCAGUCAGAGUCAAGAUAAAGCUCUCCGCAGGAUAGGGGAGCUGCGCGAGGAGCUUCAAAUGGACCAGCAGGCAAAGAAACACCUACAAGACGAGUUUGAUGCUGCGCUGGAAGAGAAAGACCAGAUGAUCACUGUACUCCAAACACAGGUUGCUCUGUUGAAGAAACGAGCCAAGGUGGUCUCUGGCGCCGCUCUGCCACCUGAUGGUGACGGCCCUCAAUCUGAAGACGCAGAUCCAGACUCGUCCACACAAAGUCCUUUGAAGGAGCACGGAGUAGAGCCUGAAGUCACUGAGAGAGAGGGCAACAGUGAUCCAACCAAACUUAUGGAGGCUCUACAGAAGAGAGUGACGAGGCAGGAAAACCUGCUGCAGAAGUGCAAAGAAGUGAUGCGAACACACAAGGAGCGCAGCGCCCAGCUGGGCAGCGAGAACGAAACUCUGCAGGAGCAGCUGCAGGAGAGACUGCAGGAGCUGGAGAAGAUGAAGGAGCUGCACACAACGGAAAAGACUAAGUUGAUCACUCAGCUGCGCGAUGCCAAGAACCUCAUUGAGCAACUGGAGCAGGACAAGGGAAUGGUCAUCGCUGAGACGAAGCGCCAGAUGCAUGAGACUCUGGAAAUGAAAGAAGACGAGGUCGCACGGCUCCGCUCCAGGGUCCAGCAGACUACGUCCCAGAAAGAAGAAUUACAGGAACAGAAAGAGAAGGCUGAGAAAUCAGCAUUUGAGGAACUUGAGCGGGCGCUGGGUGUAGCUCAGAAGGCGGACGAGGCCCGAAAGCAGCUGCAGGUUCAGCUGGAGGAGCAAGUGAAAGAGGUCGAAAGGGCCAGCGAGGAAGAGAGGAGGACUCUGCAGCAGGAACUCACACGAGUCAAACAGGAGGUCGUCACCAUCAUGAAGAGAUCAUCGGAGGAAACGGUCGCCAAAAUGGAAAAACUCCACAAUGAAGCUUUGGCUGCUAAAGAAGAAGAGAUGAGUGCCAGAAUCAACAAAGCUGUGGAGCAAUGCAAAGGGGAGUUUGCCCAGUUAGGGAAGGAGCGGGAGCAGCAGUCCUCUCUGGCUCUGGAGGACGUAGAGUUACAGAAGACGGCUCUGAGGAAUGAAGCUGAUAACAGGGUCAAAGAGAUACAGCUGGAGCUGGAAGCUGCAAGAACUAGAGUAUUGGAGCUGGAGAGCUCUCUGGAGAAGAUCUCACAAGAUGGAUCCAGUCUGUCCCGUGAACUUUCCAGUCAGUUGGACGAGCUGAAGGCUAAACACAAAGAGCAAAUCUCUGCUUUAAAGGAAAAGCACCGGGGGCAGAUGGAAAAGCACAAGGGCGCCCAGCACAAGGGCGCCCAGCAGAAUAACGCUGCCCUCGAGGAGCUCAAGGAAAAACACAGAGCUGAAGUGGAGGCUCUUCUGAAAGAUAAAGAACAGCAGUUCCAAGCACACGUUGAAGACAUGAACCAGAAGACUUUGGAGAAACUGGAUGCAAAGCAAGCCGAGCUGGAGGCAGUUACCGCUGAACUUUCUGAGGCUUUGAAGAGUAAACAGCUUCUGGAGGAGAAGUUGGCGGCAGCCGAGAAUGCUCAUAGUUCAGCUCUGCAGGAACAUGAGAAGAGGUUUCAGGAUCACAUGGAAAAGCACAAUGUAGAGCUCGCAAAUAUCAAACAGGAGCACGAGCAGUCACUUGGAGGUGUAGAGAAAAGUCUGAAGGAGGAACUUAACGCGUUGAGGAUUGUUCUGACGGAAAAGGAAAAGGAAAUUAAAGAACAAGUCCUGAGAGAAAAAACACUACAAGAUGAGUCACAUUCCACUGUACAAACAUUAAAUGUCAAGGUUAAGGAGCUGGAGGAGCUGCAACAAUGUUUAUCACAAUCCCAGCUGGAAAGUGGGAGCCUAAAGGACUCCAAUGCACAGUUAAGUAAGAUGUCAGAGGAUCUUGAUCAAUGUAAGAAGGAUUUGGCAGAUUUGGAGCAUCAGUUGGAAGUAACAAAGAAUGACUGUCAACAAAAAGAGAAGUCGCUUCAAGAACUUGAGCACCAAUUACAACAGACCAAAAAGGAGCUCUCGGAGCAGGAGAAGUCGUUCACUGUAGAGCUGAACACUAAGCAGGAAGAGCAAACUCGCCUCAAGAAACAGCUGGAUGAUGAAAAGGCUGCCCACGAGAAGAAGAUGAAAAACGCCAUAACUGAGCUGGAAGCUAAGCUGAAAACACAGGAGACAAAAAUGGAAAAGUUUAAAAACAAGGCCAAAGAAAUGCACGAGAGUUUUAAGAAAAAGCUUCAGCAGAAUGAGGAAAACAUGAAGAAGGAACUCGCAAAGAAGGAGAGAGAGCUUCAGCAGACGGAGCAGCAAGUUCAAGAGAAAAUUGUCGAGAUGGCCCAAAAAAGUUCCCAAGGCCUCAGCAGUACAGUGUCAGAGCUGCAGGCCAACCAUAAGGAGGAAGUGGGGAAGCUACACGACACACACAAGCAUGAGGUCGAGGAGCUGGAGCACCGUUGGCAGGAGAAGUUAGGACAGCAGGAGGAAGAGUUAACGGAAAAACACUCACACAUACUACAGGAGAAGGCUCAGGAGCUGGAGGAAAUGUCUCAGCGGCUCAGCAGAGGCAAAGAGGAAAACGAGCAGGCGUCGUGCGAUAUAAAGAAUUUAAAGGAGGACCUGGUAAUCCGAGAAACCACCGUGCAGAAGCUGCAGGAAGAGCUUAACGAAGCAGCGGUCAAGCUCGAAAGUUUGUCUCAGGGCGAAGCGUUGAUCAAACAGCAAAUGGAGUCAGUGGAGAGGAACCUCAAUCAGGCUCUGAACGAGAGAAACUCCCUCCAAGACAAGCUCAACACGAUGAAGGAAGAGAGCAGAGAGAAGUUCAAGACCUUGUCGGGAAAGUUGAAGGAAGCAGAGAAGCAGCGAAAAGCACUGGAAGGGUCCAGAUGUAAGGAAAGCGAGGAGUUGCAGAAUAAAUGUGAGGAAACUGCCGUUCAGCUGCGAGCCAAGGAAGCAGAGUUCAAUCAGCAGUUAACGGUGAUCAGAAACCAAAUGGAGCAUCACUGUAAGGAGGUUCAGGCUAAAGUGGAGUUUGGAUCUGAUGAACUCUGUCAGAGAGUUGAAUGUAGGUUGAAAGAGCUGAAAGACAGACUGCUCUGUAGCCAGAAAAAGGUAGUGAAUCUCAAAAACGUCAUCCUCACUAAAGCAGAUAGAAUUCGCACUUUAGAGGAGAAUCUCCGCCAGCAGAUAGAGGAGAAUAAAAAUCUAUGCAUUUCAUUAGAACAGAUGACUGCUCAGGUAAACGCUCACACGGAGCACGUCAAAGCCUUAACGCUCGAGAAAGAGAAUCAUUCUCAGUCUCAAGCUCUAAAAAUCGAGGAGCUGAGCGAAGCAAACAGACUCAUAACGGAAAGCAUGAAAACAAACGAGGUGCACAUCAGUAACCUGGAAAGCGUCGCCAGCGACCUGAAAAAUCAGCUAUCGAGUAGCAUAAAAGAGAAGGAGGAAGCCAUAAAUCAGCUGAGAGAGAGACAACAGGCUGCUGCUCAAAUGGAGGAGAACAUUGAGAGAUUAGAGCAGGAGAGGAAGUCUGUGUUAGAGCAGGCAGAUGCACUCAGGAUCAGUCUGUCUGAGAAUGAAAAGAAGACGGAGACGAAGCUCACCCAGAAUGACAACACUAUCACAUCUCUGCAGACCAGGCUUGGUGAGCUGGAGCGUGAAAUCUCCGAAAAGAACGAAGCCCUUCAAAGGCUGACGGCAAGUAUCGACAAUCAGUCCAUCAGCAAGUCCGAGAUGGACCAGGCGUUGAGCGAGAAGGAGCAGAAGGUCAGCGGGCUCACCUCGGCGCUGGAGAGUAGCAUCGGUCGACUCGGUGAGCUUCAGGAGCAAUUAGCCUUAAAGACGAGCGAGUGCGAACAACUCACGGCCGACCUCAAACAGCAGCACAGCAUCAGGGAUGAUGAGAAGAGAGAGUUGGUGGAGCAGCUGCAGCAGACCCAGCUACAGUGCACCCAGAACGGUAAUUUGGAGCAGGAGAUGGUGGAAAAGCUCCGCUCCCUCGAGGAAGACAACCAAAAGUGUCGACACAAGCUUGAAAGUCAAAGGGAGGAAUUUGAAAGGAUGAAAGAGGAGAUCAUCAAGAGCAAAGAGGAGAGUCUGAAGGCGGCCGAGGAGAAGCUAUCCGCAGAGAGCGCUCGGAAAGUAUCGGAGCUGAAGAAGAAAGCUGAGCAGAAAAUCGGUCAGAUUAAGAAACAGCUAACCUCGCAGCUCGAGGAGAAAGAGCAAGCGAUCAAGGCUCUUCAGACCGGCCUGGAGGAAAUCAAGAGCAAUGAGGUGUCUGGCAAACAACAAGCAGAAACACUGGAGGAGAAAUCAAAAACACUCGAGGAAGCGCUCGUCAAGCUCAAGGAGGAGCAGGAGAAAGAAAUCGAACAGAUUCUGAGUAAUGAGAGGCUCCAGAAAGAAAAGUCUUUAGAGGAAGUGAAAAACUUGUACGAAGAGAAGCUGUCUUCACUUCAGAGAGAUGCAGCACAACAAGGGGAGCUCAAAGAAACUGAAUCAGCGCUGCACGAAAUCAAGGAAAAGCUCAAAGAAGCAGAAGAGCAGAUUGGAAACCUGCUCGCAGAAAUAAAGCACCUGAAAGAAGAAAUUAGUGCGAAGGAUGCCCGGCUCGAUGAACAGCAGGCGACUAUGAAGCAGGUACAAAAUCAACCAGAACUUGAGGCCGAGGUGAAGGUGGAACGUAGCAGCAUGCAGCAAACCGAGAUGGAAAACCACUCUCCGAUGCAAGAAGUGGACGGCGAUUCUCUGGAGUCUCUGAAGAACAAUCUGAGUCAGGUGAAGAACGAGAAAGAGAAAAUCCACAAGGACUUCGUCAGGCUGCAGAAAGACAUGCGAGUACUGAGGAAGGAGCACGAUCACGACCUGGAGUACAUGAAGAAAGAGCUGUUGGAGGAGAAUGAGAAAAAUCUGAAACUGGAGCUGGAGGAUGCGGAGAUGAAGCACAACUCUACCAUCAAGCAGUUAAUGAGGGAGUUCAACACACAGAUGGCUUUGAGAGAGAGGGAACUUGAUUCAGCGGUGAAGGAGACCAUUGCGAAGGCCCAGACUGUAGAGGAAGAGCUCAUCACUAGCCAUCGUGAAGAAGCCAGUCAGCUGAGAAAGGCGAUUGGCCAGAAGGAGGAUGAUUUGCACAGAACUGUUCAGAAAUAUGAAGAGGUUAUACAGAAAACCAUCUCAAAGCAAAAAUCCUAUCAGAUGGGGGACCCUGGGACAACAUCUUAUCAAAUAGGGAGUCGAGAGGAGGAGAUGGGAGACAGAGUGUGGCAGGUUCAGAAAGAACUGGAGGAGUUGCAAGCAAAGGGCCUCGACACCACUGAGAUGAGCGCAGAAGAACUACAGGCUCAGCUGGCCGAGAAGACGACGUUGCUGAGCGAGGCUCGGCUGAAGGAGCAGGGCUUUGUUGAGAGAAUUCACUCGCUUGAGGACAAGAUUAAAUGUUUCCACCGAACCACUGUUGUAACUCACCUCGGGAGCACAUUCAAAGAACCGGUAUACAACAGCAGCGAACCUACUGAGAAUGAGUACCUGAGGAAGGUGUUGUUUGAAUACAUGAUGGGACGAGAAACAAAAACGAUGGCCAAAGUGAUUACAUCCAUGCUCAAGUUUCCUCCAGACCAAGCGCAAAAGGUUUUGGACAAAGAGGACACAAAACCAGUUCCUUGGCUACGAUGAGCGUGAUGUGAAUGAUUCAGGUAUUUAUGAAUGAAAAUCUGCUGCUGCUGCUGCUGAAGGGGAAGACUGCCAUGGAUUUGAUGAAGCCCUUCUUUCUGCAUUUCUUGUCAUUUUUAUGUGUGUUUGUACGUGUGUUUGAGCACACACUGGGGCAUAAGUGUGAGUGUGUGAGUGAGUGCUUGCGUGUGGUGCAGUAUGCGUGAACAUAUCUAAAGGUAUGAGGGAAUUAGAGAGUAUGCCAGAAACACCAAUCUUCCACAAAUCUAGUUUUACUCUGAAAUUAAGUUUGUUAAUUUAUACGUUUUAGAUGAAGUGAAAUUGUUUCUGUUUUUAUUUUAGAAAUGUGUUUAUACAGAUUGGCUUGUGCAAUAAAUUAUAUCAUUAUCACGUUAUUGAUGCUGACAGGUGAUUUAUAGGGUACUGUGUUGUGCUGUUGUCUGAAUCACUUCCUCUGUAAAACUGUAAACAACCCUUUAACUGUGCACUCGCACCAUGUUAAGAUAUACCGGCCUCUGGACCUUGUUUGUGUAACACAGCUUUUCUAUGCUUUAUAUUUUGUCACUACACUGACAUAGCGUCACAAAAACACACAAAAACUGUAAAUUGUAUAAUGAUAAUUAAGACUGUACUAUAGGGCACUAUAUGACUUGCUAUACAUUUUCAGACUAACAAAUAAAAUCUUAUUUACAGAACA